AUGUCUUACAAUUUUAGGUCAAGCAAUUUUUAUUUUUGGCUUUUACUUGCCUUUGUUUGUAUGAGUACUUUACCUGUUGGAUAUGUUAUUGCAUAUAAAAGACCUUCCAAAAAUUGUGGUCCAUUUUCUGGACAAGAACGGUUUUAUUCAAUUAUUGGGCAAGUAUUGAGACAACAUUUGCCUAAAAGUUUGGUUGAAGUUAUCUCUUAUUUUAUGUCACCAGGAAUUAUUUUUCCUGUCUUCCUCAUCCUGGUGCUUGUUAUAUAUUUUUUGGUUCUUCUUGUUAGCGGUUUAAGAGCAGCAAAUUCAGAUUUAAAUAAACAAUUAACCCUGGAAAGGACUGAAGAAAAACGUCGAAUUUUUGAAUUGGCGAAAGGCAAACAUUUGGCAAUUUCUCACAAACACAGGCCUAGCGGGGAAAGCCGAAAAAGUACAAAUGGAGGGGGAACAAAUGGAGGGAAAAUAAAUGGGGGAAGAGUAGUGGAUGAUGAUGAGGAAGAAGAGGGGGGAGGAAAGGAGGGGAAAAAAGAAGAAUCUAAAAAUGGUCAUCCUUUAUUCUUUUCCAAUGGAACAGCAAAAACAAAUGGAGUAAGAAAAAGUUGGCAUGGGGGAACAGGAGGAGGAGGAAGUGGGGGUGGUGAUCAAGUUGGCGGUACAGACAAAGAUUUUUUGUUAACACCUUUUUUGACACCAAAACGACGAUCUCCUAUUCUUCGACAAUAUUCGGUUAUUUUUCUUUACAGUAAAGGUUUGACCAUUUUGAGCCCCUGUAACCUAAGCUCUGACAUUUUUGAACCCAUGUAG